UACAGGCAAACAGCGCCGCACGUAUUACUCGCAAGUCGCAACUAAUGUAUUACCAAUUUUUAUCCUGGGCAACUGUGUUAAUAGUAACAGUAAUAGAAACAUAGUUAUUAGCGUUUGAGGUUGUCAGUGUUUAAAAUGUAAUGUUAAAGGUCGAUAGCCUAACAGGCAACGCACAGAGUAACUAAACCAAAGGGCACUUUGAAUUGUGGGUAAAACAUGUCUGCGCCCUGUUUCCAACUUGACGACCACCUUACCCAAAGGUUUUAGCAGAGCAAUUCAAAUUGUAAACAAGGAUCUAACUGCAGACCGGUGGACGUCGUCGGUUUUAUUUGAUCAUCUCUGAAGAUGUCGGAAAAUACUCAGAAGGAACGCGUCUUUGGAAACGGACUGUCAAGAGAUGUGAUAACUGAAAUGCUGGCGAAGAAUUUCGACAAACUACCUGACAUUGAUCAGAAAUUCUUCAUGUAUGGACCUAUGUAUCUGGGGGGAAACGCAGGGCUCGCAGGACUUGUAUCCAACAGCUUGUAUCGUAGAGUUCUGAACGUCACACAGGCGAAAUUCAGCUCCAGCCUGCCGAUGGCUGUGCUGCCCUUUCUGACGACAGUUGCCCUGUACAAUGCAGCAGUGUCCGCCCCCCUCAUGUCGGGUGACCUCAACUGUCACAUCUGCGCCCUGAUGCGAGGUGCACUUGUUGGUGUGGUCGGUGGCGGGGUCUACCCCAUCCUCCUGGCCUUACCUGUGAAUGUUGGGCUUGCAACCAGGUACAGCACAGCACCGAUGCCAGAGAAGGGCAAUCUGCUCCGGUUCUGGGUGGACCUCUCCAGGCCGAUACUGAAGAAAAUGAGGGCGGUGAUGGUGCUUCAGGUUGUCUUCGGCAGCUACCUGAGCUCCAGGGACUUUGACACGUACACCUCACUGGCUCAGAUAACAUUUGGCUCAGGUGGAGGGGACUUCAUGGAAUAAAAUGUACUCAACCUUUAAAAUGAAUACGUUGUUAACUCGUGAGACUUGGUGCUCAACAAAUAAAAUAAAUUAUGGGCUACCUUUCAAAGA